AACCAAACAUGAUUCCAGGAAAAAAAAAAAGCAACCUCAAGUCCUGUCACAACCGCUGCAUCAACAGACGCACCUGGAGGGCUCUCUGUUUCCAUAUCGAAACAUUUUCAAUAUGUUGCCUUGGAAAUGAAUUUACUGGCAAACUCCUGCCAUGGAAAACACUUAGCACUGAGACUAGCGGAGCCCGUUGUUCAUAUCUAUUCUGACAGAGUGACAGUAACGGAUCCUUUGUCAGUAUGAAGCUCUAUAGCCUCAGCAUUCUAAACAAAGGAGCGACCAGAGCCAACCUUCUUAAAGCAGCCUACGAUCUCAGUUCGUUCAGCUUCUUUCAGCGCUCAAGUGUUCAGGAGUUCAUGACCUUCACAAGUGCCUUGAUUGUCGAGCGAACAUCACAUGGAACCCGUGCCUCUGUCAAAGAACAAGAGUAUCUGUGUCACGUGUAUGUGAGAAAUGACAACCUGAGUGCUGUGGUGAUAGCAGAUAACGAAUACCCGCAGAGAGUCUGUUUCACCUUGCUGGACAAGGUUUUAGAGGAAUUCUCCAGACAAGUGGAUAGUAUAGACUGGCCUUCUGGUAACCCUGACACCAUCACCUACAAAGCACUGGAUAUUCACCUUGCUAAAUACCAGAACCCCAGGGAAGCAGAUGCUAUGACUAAAGUACAGGCUGAGCUGGAUGAGACAAAAAUAAUUUUGCACAACACUAUGGAAAGUCUGCUUGAGAGGGGAGAGAAACUGGAUGAUCUGGUGGCAAAGUCAGAGCACCUUGGAACCCAGUCUAAAGCCUUCUAUAAGACUGCACGGAAACAGAACUCGUGCUGUGAAAUCAUGUGAUGUCACUGCCUAGUCCUCUCAGGACACGCCUCUCUGCCUUUCUGCUUUUCCUACAACUCCCAUCAUGCACCAGCCGCCAGCUCUCAGCACACAGGACAGGAGGAGUGCUGUCCAACCCAGAAAAGGGCGCCAGGACAAAGGAAGGAGGGACAGAUGGUUGUGGGCCGGUUGGGAUCUACAGUAAAAUCCUGGGCUUUUGACUGAUGGGGGCUGAAGGACUGAUGGGUUUGGUCAGGGAAAAUAUAAUAUUUUAAACUAUGAAAGGGUGAACAUCUUUGCGGUGUUUCAGUGCCAGCUGAAAGACAUAAUAUGAUCUCGUGAAUUGGUGGUGUGUUGUUGAAAUGUCUUCAAAACAUUUUCUGUUUCCAGAUGAGUCCUCAGUUAAGUUUGAUCUCAGCUCCAUAGAAAUUUUGAAAGAGAAUUAUCCAAUUUUUUUUUAUGUGCUUUUGCGUCAAGUCAACCCAGACAAUCUGCCGUUCUUGUCUUUUGAACUAAUAUGCCGCUGCUGAGGUUGAUUCCUUCCAGACAAGACCUCCGCAGCUUCUCCUGUAGGCAUGAUUUAUUAAGCCACUUGGUGGCGCUGUUCAUCCACUCUUGCAUCGGGGACGCGCGGUUGCCUUUUCAACUUGCCCCGGUUUUGGAGGUCAUGCUGGGAACAGUACCGAGAGCUUGGCCAGCCAGCCAGCCAGCCAGCCAAUGUGACUGGGCCUGUGGUAACAAAACAGCAUUUGAUUCUACAGCCACUUAAAGGAAUAUCUUUGCAUUUUUAAGACUGGGUUAAGUUAAAUAACUGUCUUGCUUUACUUUCCGAUACUGUUGAGUGAACACAUAAACACAUUCCCAUGUUGAAUGAUUGUGUUGUUGACUGUUGUUGUGACGGUGGCUGGUGAGGUUUGACAGCAUUGGUUUCAUUUGCCCGUAAUUAAAAUGGGCUGAACCUUAGGGUGCAAGAGAGGUAAAGCAUUGCUAAAGUUUGUAAUUCCUCGUUGUGCUGAAUAUGAUGUAGUCGAAUGGAAGGGCAGGUGUAAUGCCCUUUUCUGUUGUUUUGGGGAGGGGGGGGGGUUUAUACAGUGGCUCCGGUGUUAAUGUUAUACUGGUUGUUGGAUUUCCUUAACCGUAAUGGUACAUUAGAUGUCCCAUAUCAGAUCUCUGAUAUUGGGGUCAAUUAUCAGAUACAUUUGACUGUAUUCAUUUUAAUUUAAAAGGCAGAUCUGGACAAGCACUCCUGUGUUGGCCGUCACCGCAGGUCAGCAUUUAUCUCUUUGGGUAUUUGUGCGAGAUGAGUCUCCUGUGGUCUGUGUGUAAUGGAGGUGUGCCGAGUGACAAGACAUCAGGUGGCUGGUUAAUGUGUGAGUCACUCCAUCGUUUUCACACACAUCCAUCUGAAGAACUCGGUUUGCUGUGUGGAUGUGAGUGGAUUAUCAUGCCUUCAUGUUGACGCUGUUCCCUGUCAAGCUUGCAGUCAACAAUCAUUGACCAAUCUUAAGAUGUGAAGAUGCCUUCGGUCCUGUAUUUUAGAUGUCUUUCUGCUUCAUCUCUGCUCUAACUGCUUCACACGUGUCGACCGCGUUGAUGUUUGUGGGACUGGUUUUUUGUGUGUGUGGACAGUUGUGGACUGCAUCCACACCUAUCGCUUUUACAGUAACACUAAACUUCUGUUCAAUAGCAAAGCAGCCUGUCAAUGUCCCCUCUAUUAAACAACAUUUCCUAUGAAGGACAGGAAAUCGAUGACCCUUGUACUUGCUAAUGAUCAGCUUUCGUAUGUGAAGCUCGUCUACGGGUGAGUUUAAACAGUUUGUCUAAAGCUAAACAUUUUUUUCUAGUUUUUAAAUGUGCUGAAUUGUAACACCUGUUGAGUAUACAGAAGUUCUGCCGUAAGCUGAAGUGUUGCUGUCCGGUGUGUUAACAUUAGACAGGUUGUAUUCCAAUUUGUUGUCCAAAUAAUUGUGUGCAAAUCUUAAACAAACACUUGCGGUUAUGAACAGCACUUUUCCGUUUGUAUGAACAUUUGUUAUGGAGCUUUCUGUCGCCUGAACACUUUACUGUUUACAGAAUAUGUAAUCUUGCCUAAAUAAACAUGAAAAUGGUG